AAAAGCCCCCUCUAUCUCACAUUACUCUUCCUAUCUCUUCAGCCUCUAGGUACAGGUACACCUCUCAAUUCUCAAACAAACAUCUCUUUCUCUGUCUCUUAAAUAUUUUAAGAAGCCAAAAAAACAAUGGCUCUCUCAAGCAGCAGUGCUAGCAGCGCUGUGAUUCCCACCAAAUCCUUCGUUCAAACUCAGUCUUUCAUCAAACCCCACCAACCCUCCAUUUCUGUCAAGCCCAGAUCAGUCCCUUCAAUCUCGGCCGUCCACGCCGCUGAGCCAGCAAAGAACCCCAUCGUCUCUGACAAAACGCCGAAGCAGCAGAUAACACCAACGAAGACAACCACAACAACGACGACGACCCACAAUGCGGGUUCAGGGAAGUGGGCCGUGGAUAGCUGGAAGACCAAGAAGGCGCUUCAAUUGCCUGAGUACCCGGAUCAGAACGAGUUCAACUCUGUUCUUGAGACGCUCGAGGCUUUCCCUCCGAUUGUGUUCGCUGGUGAGGCUAGGAGCCUUGAGGAGAAGCUUGGUGAGGCCGCUUUAGGCAACGCUUUUCUUUUACAAGGUGGGGAUUGCGCUGAGAGUUUCAAGGAAUUCAAUGCCAAUAACAUCCGUGACACCUUCAGAAUUCUCCUCCAAAUGGGUGUCGUUUUGAUGUUCGGUGGUCAAAUGCCCGUUGUCAAGGUUGGUAGAAUGGCGGGUCAGUUUGCCAAGCCGAGAUCAGAGCCGUUUGAGGAGAAGGACGGUGUGAAGCUGCCGAGUUACAGAGGAGACAAUGUGAACGGAGAUGCUUUCAAUGAGAAGUCAAGGAUUCCAGACCCUCAGAGGUUGAUUAGGGCCUAUUGUCAAUCUGCAGCCACUUUGAACCUUCUCAGAGCCUUUGCUACCGGAGGUUAUGCUGCUAUGCAGAGGGUCACACAGUGGAAUUUGGAUUUCACUGAGCACAGCGAGCAGGGAGAUAGGUACCGCGAACUAGCUAAUCGGGUUGAUGAGGCCCUUGGAUUCAUGUCUGCUGCUGGACUCACAGUUGACCAUCCUAUCAUGACAACAACCGAGUUCUGGACAUCACAUGAAUGCUUGCUCUUGCCAUAUGAGCAGUCACUUACUAGGAUGGAUUCAACUUCAGGCCUUUACUAUGACUGCUCAGCCCAUUUUAUCUGGGUUGGGGAACGUACCCGGCAGCUGGAUGGUGCCCAUGUUGAGUUUCUAAGAGGGGUUGCAAAUCCACUAGGCAUUAAGGUGAGUGAUAAGAUGGAUCCAAAUGAGCUUGUCAAGCUCGUUGAGAUUUUGAAUCCUCAGAACAAACCCGGGAGGAUAACAGUGAUCACAAGAAUGGGUGCUGAAAACAUGAGAGUGAAGCUUCCCCAUCUAAUUAGGGCAGUCCGCAGAGCAGGUCAAAUUGUCACAUGGGUUAGUGACCCUAUGCAUGGAAACACCAUAAAGGCUCCCUGCGGUCUGAAAACUCGCCCCUUUGAUGCCAUCAGGGCGGAGGUGAGAGCAUUCUUCGAUGUGCAUGAUCAAGAAGGAAGUCACCCGGGAGGAGUUCAUCUAGAGAUGACCGGCCAGAAUGUGACAGAGUGCAUUGGCGGGUCACGAACGGUGACAUUUGAUGACCUAAGCUCACGUUACCACACCCACUGUGACCCUAGGCUCAAUGCCUCACAAUCUCUUGAGCUUGCCUUCAUUAUUGCUGAGCGCCUAAGGAGGAGGAGGAUCACAUCACAGAAAGCUCUUGCUCUCUAGGCUUCUACAGUGAGGCUUUAAGAGCCCACCAAUGUGCUCUUUUUCUUACGUUAAUAGUGGUUAUAUUAGCAUUAGCACUAUCGGAUUUUCAGUUAUUUAUGUUGUGUAUUGUGUGUAUACUAAAAGGAAGAGUGAUGGUUUGAGACACUAUGAAAACACACUGGAAUAAAUGGAUAACAAUUAAUUUAUUCCAUAAGAAUAUAAGAUAUGAUUGCAUUUUAUUA